AUGAUGGCGACAUCUCUGGCACAGCAGCUGAAGCGCUUGGCUGUGCCACAGACAUCUUUAUUGAGUCAGGAUUUAAGGAAGGCUUCCUUCCUGUUUGAUCCCAAUGAAGCAGCAGCACUUGACCGGGAUGUCAUAUUCGCAAUUGGUGUCAGUGGGUUUGAGGAGCUCAUUGGUUUGAACCCAGCUUUUCGAGGCUUUGAAGCGACUUUGUUUAGUGAAGCCUCUAAGACAUUCCAGCGAGCUGUGCAGACAUCAGAGGACAAUAAGAAGCUGGAUAAGAUCAUUAAUGACUUCCUACUCCUCCUCUCUCCAUACUUCCUCCUCAAGCCAGCUCACAAGGCUCUGGAAUGGCUUGUCCACAGGUUUUACAUCCAUGAGUUCAACAAGGAUGGCUUGUUGGCCUGCAUCCUCCCUUACCAUGACACACGACUGUUCGUAAGAGCUGUGCAGAUGAUCCACCUGGAGGGCCAGUGGGCAUGGCUGAGUCCUCUUGGACGGGAGGGGAUCCCUCUCUCCAAGCAGGUACUCUUUAACCGCUGUGCUGCUGACCUUGACUUCCUCCAGCUGGUGUGCAACUCCAUGCGCAGGCUUGUCAAGAAACACAAGAAAAUCAAUCCAGGGGUCCUUCAGACAGCAAUCGGUUUCUACACGACUACUCUCAUUGGUACAAUCCGUGAAUGCAAGAAGGUCAAGGACACAAUUGUUGCAUUGCUGCUGCCUUCAGUGAUCCAAGGUUUGCGGUCUGGAUUGGAGGAUUAUGUGGCAGGUGUCUACAUGGUCCUGGCCCAACUCUGUCGGCAGACAAGGCUCAAAACAACCUUCAUUGAUCAACUCAUCCAGAGAAUUGUUAUGAAUCUGCAUCCUUCACUGAUGGAAGAGGCUGUUGCCCUCUUGUGUCUCCUAUGUCAGUCACAGGACUUCUCUGUCUUCCCCCCUGACAUGCUUCCUGUGCUGCUUGAGACUGAGGGGAUCCCUAAGGCCCUUGAGGCAAUCUCUGCUGACUUUUCUGUUGGUCCUCUGUUGGUUUCUCUUCUGAUCUCGAUCGAUCUAGCAGCAGAUGAUGGAACACACGUCCAGGCACUGGCCAGACUGGUCCAGAGUUCCAGACUUCCACAGCACAAUGCCCAGACCUUCAUAGAGAAAGUUCUGCAUUGCUCGGGCUUGGCCGUAAAAUCCAUGAGCGAUUCCACCAUCACUGCAGUUAAGGAACUCCUUGUAUCGUGUGAGAAACGACAUCCGGAGGCCUUUGAUGCAGCUGUGACCCACUGUGCCACCCCAGCUCACAAUGUGGUUCUGGGACGUGAGACUGUGGUGCGGGGUGACCCAAAUGCCCAAACAGACUGGUUUCUCAGACUUCAUCACCCUGAGGCAGCUUUACGGGGGGAGGCUGUGAACAGGCUUAUACGUGCCAUCCGUCAGGGAAAGGUGGAAGAGGAAGGCUUUGUAUCUCGGUCCCUGCUGUCCUGCCUUCGGGAUGAAGAACCACUCAUUGUGGAGAAGGUCCUUGCAAUGGGGGAGCUCCUCCUGAAAUUUUUGGAGGCUGCAACCCUCCUCAACGAGAUGAAGCGGCUCUCAUGCCUGCAUCUGAGGGACCGCACUUGGCGGGUUGUGUCUCUGAAGGCCGUUGUCCUAGCCAUGGAACACCUGAGCUUGGAUAGCCUUGUCUUUGUCCUCCCAUUCCUGCUCCCUGCCAAGGAGAAACACCUGUCCUUCAUCCGACCAAUCCUUGAUACUCCAUUUGCUCAGAAGCAUCCUCUGCUCCGGGGCCUUUCUGAGUGUAUUUCAGGUGUGACAGAGCUAGAGAAAGCUUUGUGGAAGAUCUUAGGCCAGCUGGCCAUGAAUCUGUCAGAGAUGAUGUCCUCCUCUGUAGAUGCAUUUGGGAAAGAUGUCAGUGAAACUCCAGAGAUGCAUCUGCAGCACCUUGGAAUCCUGGUCCUCUCUCGCACUGUCACUGCCCUCCAGGUGGACCAAGAUGACCUCCUCACUCUCAUGCAGGUAAUCCCCUCUCAAGGAAAUGAAAUGAGUGCAUGGAGCAAAGCCUGGGAAGUGUCAGGAAGAACCCUUCUAUGGACGAUCAAGCACUCCCAGCGUGGCUCCAUCUCUGAGAUGCUGCUCCACAUCGCAUUAUCCUCCGUUGCUCACGCAUUGGAUGCACGGAGACCCGAGCAGCCCGACCUGGAAGGUGUGGUCACCGAAUCGUGCACACCCGAGACAAAAUGGUUGUCGAUCUACCUCCAGCUCCUGCACCGAGUGGUGGCACUUCAGGCAGCCAAACCUGAGUCCCAGCUGUGGAGGGAUGCAGUCUCCACUGUCCUGAAGGUUGGAGGUGGAGGUCCCCAGCAGCUGCAGGUAUUGAGUCUAUGUUGGGCAGCAGAUGAAUUGUGCCCCAACUCGGGAUUCCGUUUUCAUAUCCCCAAGUCCCUCAAGGUGAUGGCCCUGCGCAUCUUAUCCCAGCUGGAUGCCGGGGUGUCCUCGUCUGCGCUCCUGGCUUCCCUCCUCGCUUCCCUCACGUCUCAGGCUGCCAUCCGAGAAGCGGCAUUGGCGUGUCUUCAAUUGUUGAGUAAACGCCUUAGUGAAAAUGAUCCACUCAAAUCUCUUAUAGGAGCACUGCUUUCCAAAGGAUCUGAGAUUGAGGGGGACCCCAGUCAUGCAGCAGAGGUGGUGGCAUUCCAGGCAUCCUUUGCCAAUGUGGAGGGGUCUCCAUCCAAGAGGACCAGGAAGAAGGAUCCUAAAGAGGCACUGGAUGCCCUCCUCAGCAUAGUCACUGACGAAAGGGCUCCACUCCUCAUACAGAUCCGGAUCGGGCUUCUCCAUCUCCUUUCUUCUGUUCAUUCCAAGCCAAUACUGGAGAGACUCCUCCCCCUGCUGAGGCAGGUCCUGUCAAAGAGACUCAGUCCAGAAGAGCCAGAGAAAUGGGUCCUGGGGGUGCAGGAGUCCCAGCUGGUGAAGCUGAUCGCCUCCCGGUUCUGUGCCCCACCUGUUGCCUCUGUCCUGGAUGGCGAUUUACUUGAGGAAUUUCACUGCUUGCUCAGAGAUUCUGUUACUUACUUGACUGGAACCCAAGCUGGAACCGAGUCACUUGCUCGCUACCUUGUCUCUCAGCUGGAUGAUGAAUUUUUUGGAGCUCUAAGCGGGGAAGAGAUUCAGCUCAGGGUGGUGUCCACUCUGAUCGAUGUGACCGUCCAGCCCGGAUUGCCUGAAGUGGUCCUGGAGGUGAAGAAGGUCCUCAACAAGCUCCCCCUCUGUGCAUCCUUGGUGACGCAAGAACUGAGGCGGUUGUCACAGCUGGAUCUCCUUGUGGAUGCACCCCAGAAACGGGCCCGGAGGAUCCAGACCAUGGAAUUAAAGGCAAUACCAGAGACAGAAGCAUCACCAUCAACCAAUCUGAAUUGGAGACAGAAACUGACUCUCUUCCUCGAGGUCCUCCGAUCAAAUAGGAAGAUCCAGGACUUCCACAAACUCCUCUCUCCACUUUUUGGUGUCCUCCAAAAGUCCCUGGAAUGGCUGCACCCAGGAGACCAGGAUGAGGAGGUGAACAGUGUGGAGUACAUCCAGGAUCUGCUCCUUUCCUGCAUCCAUGCUGCUGUGAAUGCCUUGAUGGGUAACAAGGACAAGACGGAUCUCAGUCUGGAAUCCUUCCACGUGGAGCUCGUCGUGCAGGUGGUCCGUAAUGCGCACAAUCCACAGGUUUUUCAUCAGGCCUUCCUGCUCCUCUCCACUGCUGCAGAGCUCUUCCCGAAGAAAGUGCUGGAGAACAUGAUGGGGAUCUUCACAUUCAUGGGGAGCACAGUGCUUCACUUUGACGACGCCUACUCCUUCCAGGUCAUAAACAGGGCCAUCGAGAGCAUCAUCCCGGCUGCCCUCCAGUCAGAGAAAAGCCAAGUGGCUGCAGCCGGCAUCCUGCGUGUGUUCGUCGGGGCGGUUGCAGACAUUCCCGUCCAUCGUCGCAUUUCCAUCUUCACCAAGCUCAUUGAGACUCUGAAUCCAGAACACUCUGUGUGGCUGCUUCUACUCAUCUUCAUCGAGGCUCAUGUCCUCAAGGAGUCCUCAUCUCUAAGCGAGGUUCGAGUGGUCGAGGGUCCCGAUACAGGAAGAAGCGAUUCGUCACAGCUCCCCUGGACGUUUGAGUUGGCCCUCAAGGUUGUGACCUCCCAGGCACCACAGUGCCAGCUGGAUGCUGUUGCGCAGUGCCUCCAUUUCCUCCUGAGUCAUCCUGUGGAGCCAGAGAAAUCAGCAUUAUUGCCAUCGACCCCAAUGAGAUCUCCUGCCAGGAAGCGGGUGCGCCAAGACUCGUUUAGUAAAACUUUGAAGCAAGAUACCAUCAUCAACUUGGACCAAUUCACGCCGAAACAGUUCCGCCACUUCCAGUUUGCUUCCCUCAAACUUCUGUCUGCGCUCUUUGCCACUGAAGGACCCAUCACCCAGGUUGAGAAGUACGACGAGGAGAUGUCGAGGACCUUUCGGAACUUUCUGGAGGCCUUGCUGAAGUGGAUCGAUGCUGCAGGGCAAGGACUGACCGGUGGCUCAUCCGAUCCUGCCUCGUCUCGAUUCUGGAAAGCCAUAGUUCAAAAGAGUUGUGAACUCCUCGACAAGGUGACGAACCUGCUGCCUAAGGAUGAGUUUCUGCCGGUGGUCCUCCCCCUUCUAUCGCACCAGCAGCCAUUCAUCCGGCAGAAGAUCCUGGAGGUCCUCGGCAUCCAUCUGGCCCGGCCGGAGUUUCUCGAGUCUCCUGGGGAUGUGGGACCUCUUCUCUUGGCGUUGAGACCCCUUGUGGAGCCACGAAAGAAGGGGGCAAGGAAGAGGAAGGAGGGCGAGGAGGAGGAUGUCUCAAUCAUCCCACAGCUGGCUCUUUACGCUCUGAGGCUGCUGUGUCGACUUGCCGGGUCGCAAGACCUGGAGUUUCAUCAGUUUGUACCUGUGUUGAACAAGAUGAUUGAAGGAGGAGAGAGCAUCCACCCAGCAGUUCUCGGCUCGGCCCUGCUCUGCGUGGCGGAGAUCAUCCGCAGCGCCCACCUCCUCUUCAUCCCUCACAUCAACACCCUCAUCCCGGCGCUCCUCGGCAUUCUCGACUCGUUCACCCGUCGCCCCGCGAUCCAGAAGACAGACUUGGUGCUGAUGAGUGCACUGGCAGUGGUGCAGAGGGCAUGCAUCCAUAUCCCUGCAUUCCUGAGCCCACACCUCCCUGACAUCCUCUUCCAUGUCUGCAUCCUCAUGGGCCAUGCACAGGGGGAGGACAAGAAAGAAGACAAGGGGCACCGGACCUCCUCGGACAAUCCCCCUUCCCUCUCCGGUCGACUCAAGGGCAUCUGUGACUCCCUUUGUGGAACGACCAUGACCGGGAAGUUGAUCCCAGCGAUCGAGGGUUGCUAUGAUCGCCUGAAGGAAAGGGGAGGGUCAAAGCCCAUGGCCGUUCUCCUUGGAAUGCUCUCUGUGCAUCUCAACUCCCUCGACAAGAUCCGCAUCGCCGAUAACCUUCAGGAACUCACUCGGUUCUUCAUCAAGGUGCUGAACUACCGGAGCGAGACCGGAGCGGAGCCAUCAUGCGAGGAGGUGGAGGGCGGUGCGAUUGAGGCAUUCCUUGCCCUCCUCUUGAAGCUGUCAGAGCAGACGUUCCGACCGCUCUUCUUCCGCCUCUACGACUGGGCCACACGACCUGAUGCUCCCCCGUUGACAGAUCGCAUGGCAGAUUGCCUCAAGAGCCUCUUUGUGCUGUUUGCUGGAACAUUUUUAAAACAUGCUGCUGGUGUUCUCGCCAAGACCAAGAACGCCGAGAGCCUCUACUUCGAAGACGUGAGCGACCCCGGAGGCCUGACGGAUCGGCUCCUCACCGUCGUCGUGGACACUCUGUCCAAGGUCUUCAUCCACGACCACGAACAGUUCAUCAAUGAGGACCGCUUCAACAUCCUACUCCAGCCACUUACUGACCAGCUCGAAAACGAGUCGAGCGGGGCGGAAGAGAGGAUCCGAGAUCACGUGGUGCCUUGCCUGGGGAACCUGGCCCUUGCAGCCGGGCGGGACUUCCUCUGGAAGCCCUUGCACUACCACAUCCUCCUCAAGGCUCGACAUCCCUCCUACCAUGUGCGUCUCCACGCGAUCGCGGCGAGCCGGGCCGUGAUGACGAAGCUGGGCCCGGACGGGCUCGUGCUGCUCCCGGACGCCAUGCCGUUUUACUCGGAGCUGCUGGAGGACGAGCACGUGGAGGUGGAGGAGGCGGCGCAGCGGCUCAUACGGGACCUGGAGACCUCGCUCGGCGAGGACCUGCAGCAGUACUUUUGAUCCGGGUCUUUGUCUUUUUUUUUCUCAAUGAAG